AUGAUUCCAAUAAUCCUAGCCUUGGCAUCUGGCCUUUCCACCGCCUUUGCACAGGCGUGUCCUGACGGCUAUGCACUCAAUACUGGUACACUCCCACAAAACCAGACUCUCGACUGGCUUGCAUGCCCUGUCGAGGAGGAACCGACCUUGGAAUGUGCUACUCUAUUGGUCCCCAUCGAUUACAAUGACCCUGACGCGGGACUCUUGACGCUUCCACUUGUCCGUAUUCCAUCCAACAGCUCGAAUGCUAAGUCAAUCAUUUGGAAUCCUGGUGGUCCGGGAGUGAGUGGUAUCACCUCACUGAUUGGUAACGGUGCGAGUACGGUCUUACUUGCCGGUGGUGAUUAUAACGUGUUGACAUUUGAUCCUCGAGGAACUGGCUUCACAAUACCCUACCAAUGUCCUACUGUGGACAGCGCGGAAGGGUCGGAGGUUCCGCUAGAUGAUCCUAUUGGAUUGAACGCAUCUUUUGUCACAAACACCAACCAGGGAGAACUUUGCGGCCAAGACGAGUACAAGCUGGGAGGCGAGCUUGUCGGCACUGCAUUCGUCGCAAGGGAUGUCGACUCUAUCGCCCAAGCUCUUGGAGAAGACGGCAUGAUUAGAUACUGGGGUUUCUCUUAUGGCACCCUUCUUGGAUCUACUAUUGCAGCAAUGUUCCCGGAGAAGAUCGAUCGCAUGAUUCUAGAUGGCAACAUCAACCCAACGGAUUACUAUCACGGGACGAACGAGGAGUCGGUGGACAAUGUGGAUGCAGCAUUGCUCAACUUCUUCGAGACCUGUGCUGAGGCUGGACCCACAUUCUGCCCUCUAGCGGACGCAACCUCGACUGGUCAGGAGCUUCAUGACGCCUUCCUGCAAAUUUUGGAACAGGUCAAAAGCGGAGAGCUUAUCCUCAGUGGAACGACCUCCUCCGGCAGUACCGUUGAGGUUGGUUACAAAGAGUUGAAGAGCCUGUUCUUUAGUGCGCUCAGAGGCCCAAGGAAUUUCCCUGAAGCUGCAGAAACUCUUGCGAUUCUUUUGCAGGGUGCUUCUGGAGGCACCUCUCGCGUGCUGAGACGGGACGAGUUCGACCCUCUCGCAGCUCAGAACCUUGAAUAUGACCAAGCAUUGAGCGCCAUUACAUGUGGCGACUGGGAUGACAUCGACGGAACUCUCGACGACUUUGAAAAAUGGCUUGGCCUCUAUUUAGAGCGGAGUCAAUUUGGUGGUGAUCAGUUGAUCAGCAUUCUGUACGGAUGUGCAACUUGGCGAGUCAAUGCCCGCGAGAAGUAUGACGGACUAUUCACCGGCAUCGAGACCAACACCCCCAUCCUUUUCAUCAAUGGUCCUUUCGAUCCCGUCACCCCAUUCACCUCGGCACAGAACUCUAGCUCUGGCUUCACCAACAGCGCGCUGCUUCAAACCAUGGGCGCAGGCCACUGCUCAACAGCCCAGCCAUCGACUUGCGUUCAACUGAAGGUAGCAUCUUACUUCCAGACAGGCCAGCUGCCAGACGUGUCGGAAAUCUGUCAACCCAAUCAAGCCGCAUUCUCUGGCGCGAUCAUUCCUUCCACAAACAGCACGGGUCCAGUCACGAACUCCACUGAGGGUAGAGGUGUUGAUGAUGAUUUCAGUGCCGCGGUGGCCAAUCUCGUGAACAUGUUUGACAAGCGCGACGUUGAAUACCCAGCAAUGCUCCUUGAAAUGAAGCGUGAUGUGAAAGACAUCCUCCGCGCUCGACAAGCCAGCUCAGCUACCAACACAUUGAUCCCGGCUACCUGCACACCCACUGCUGGAGGUGCGCAGUCCACAGGGUCUGGUAGCUCGGGGUCGGACAGCGGUGGCUCAGGAAGUGAAAAUGGCGCGCCACAACUCCUAUCAAACAAGCAUAUCUGGAGCGUUCUUACAGUGUUAUGCAUUUCCUGGUUGGGGCUGAGCAUUUAA